GUGCGCCGGCCCUAGUUCGAGUCGCAGUCGCAUCCGCCGCCGCCACCGAAGUUCGAUCUAGAAAUCUUCCCGUGUUCCCCUCCUCAACCCCCAUAUACUGAGUAGAUCCAAUCCAACCAAGCAGAUCCUCGAGCAGCGCCAUGAGCAUCUGCGGUCUCCACCCGUCCUCCGCGCACCCGCCGGCGCUCUCCGCCGACGACGCCGCCGCUGCCCAAGAAAAUCUCCCCUUCGUGCUCGUCGAGCUUAAAGCCUACGUCGCCAAGCGCGACAACGCCACCACCGCCUUCUCCGAGACCUGCGAUGGCAAGAAGAUCCAGGUCACCUGCUGUCUCCGCCGCCCGCCGCGCGUAUCGUACGUGUGCGUCCACAGCCCGGACGCCGCCGAGAUCAACAUGGAGCCGACCGUCCUCGCCACGGAGGAGGGGUUCAUCCUGAUCCGCGUCACGAUCGGGGCUAAAGGGGGACAGCAAAAGAAGAAUAUUGACUACUACGUCUACCAGGCCGACGGGGCGGGGGGACCAUCCCUCACGCUCCUCCCGCGGCCCCCUACCGGCUAUUCCUUCAAUGCUAGCAACAUCGGUAUCCUGGUAUGCCGCCCCGACGACGACGACCAAAGCGGGUUCUUCCUUCAGCCCCACCGCCCUGACGACAACAAAGGAUACAUCGUGGUUGGGCUUCAUCGAAAACUGGGGCAGCCCCCAGGACACUUCACUCUUUGUAUCUACGAUGAAAAGGAUGGAUUUUGGAAGACUCACCCUGUAUCGCUGAGCCUGCAGGAGCAGGGCAACGACUUCGCCCAUAUAAACUGCAAGGUGAUCGCAAUAGGAGGAAGAAGUGGCACCAUGGCCUUUGUGGACCUGUGGCGCGGCAUCAUCUUCUGUGAUGUGUGUAUGGAUGCCCCGCUUCUUUCUUACGUCAAACUGCCAGAGCCUCUUAAGCGAACAAAGAUUCUACAGGGCGACUCACGGCUCUGCCGGGACAUUGCAGUCGUUGGCAAUCGCCUCAAGUAUGUAGAGCUACAGGUGCGCUACAAAGCCAGUGUUGUGUUCAAGGAUCACUGUGUCACAAAUGGCUGGGUGGCUGCUAUAUGGAGCAGGCCAGCCAGUAGCGUUUCCACGGAGGGUUGGCAAGAGCAGAGCUGGGUUAUGGAUGCCACAGGCCUGAAGGUUGACAGUGAGCACUUGAAUCUACUUCCAAAGGUGCAGAAUGAUGAAGGCUGCAUUUUACCCCCUUUCUUGAGAGUUUACAUUUGCCAACCAGUGCUCGGUCUAGGGGAUGGUAAGGAUAUCAUUUACUUUACAGUCAAGCGCAAUCGUGGAGAUGCCGAUGGAUGGGUUGUCAGUGUGGACCUAGAAAACAAAGAAGUAUUGGGGGUGGCUCCCUUCGCCGCACAAAGAUACAUAGUCAUCAACCAUGCCUACAUGUCCAGUAGGAUCUCCAGGUACAUGUCUGAAUAUGCAGGGGACUAGGUACUGUGCAAUGGACGCCCAGUCUUUUGUUUGCUGCCAGCAUCGUUAUCUGUUGUUAGUUUAUGAUCAAUUAGUUGUGAAAGCCCUAGAAGAGCAAUGUAAAUAUGUAAUGUCUAAACUUUGUUCAGUGUUGUUUUACGUUGGGCCCAUUUGGCUUUGCUACUAUCAUGCCAUCUUCUCGCCAUCAUGUGUGUGACUAUGUCUCUCCUAUUGGAA